AUGCAGCUUCCAUGGCUCUCUUCUUUCCUCUCUCUCAUCACCUUCACUCUUUUUAUACUUGUCUCUUUGUCUUCUUUAGCAGAAUCUUUCAAACGAUGCCCCAACUGCGGCUCCACCCGAGUCCCCUACCCGCUAAGCACGGGACUCGACUGUGGCGAUCAAGAUUACAAGAUCCGGUGCGACGACCGCGGUUCCCUAUGGUUUGACACUCUCAACGGAUCAACCAAUCCGAUCAAAACAAUUGACCAGACGGGACAAAGGUUUGUCCUCGUUCCACCAGGAUUCGAACCGUACACAUGUGUAUCACUCGAUCUCAAGUACCACGGUAUUCAGCUAGACCCGAACCUUCCUUUUAAUGUCAGUAGUAGCAACACGGUUAUAAUCAUGAACUGUACAAAAGAGGGUUUAGAUGCAUACGUCUCUCAAGCUUUUAACUGCUCGGACAAUAGCUUGUGCCACAAGUUUCUAAAUGCGAAUCCCGAGGCACGACGGAAGUGCCGUGGUGUGACGUCGUGCUGCUGGUAUAAGACCGGUGCGUCGGUUAACACUUACAAAGUUUAUAGGGCGAGGACAGAUAUGUGUUCGGCUUAUCAGAGCUAUAUGAAUGUGGACCUGAUGCUGCCGGUUAGCAAAUGGGGAGAACCGGCCGUGGAGAUACUUUGGGAAGCUCCGAGAGAGCCGGUUUGUAAGAUUCUUGGAGACUGUGCGGAUUUGGUUAAUUCGUUUUGUUCAGUUGAUUCGAAGAAUUCAGGACAGAAGAGGUGUUUCUGCAAGAAAGGGUUUCGAUGGGACUCGGUUAACGCAAUAUGUGAAGGUUUGGUCGGAGGUGUGGGGGCAAUAUUGAUCGCCGGAUGCGUAGUGAAGAUGAUAAUCUCGACGCGGAAUCGGAGAGUCGCCGGAAACCAAUCGUGGGCGAACGUAAGGAAACUAAAUCAACACCUGCUGAAUACCAAUAGUGCCGGACUCGACAGGAUCUUCUCCGGCAAAGAAAUCGUCAAAGCGACGGACAAUUUCGCCAAAUCCAAUCUUCUCGGAUACGGCGGAUUCGGUGAGGUUUUCAGAGGGAAUCUCGACGACGGUACCACAGUCGCCGUGAAACGAGCCAAGCUCGGGAACGAGAAGAGCAUAUACCAGAUCGUCAACGAGGUUCAUAUCCUCUGCCAAGUCAGUCACAAGAAUCUAGUGAAGCUCAUAGGCUGCUGCAUCGAAUUGGAUAUACCGAUUCUGGUUUACGAAUUCGUCCCCAACGGAACUCUGUACGAGCACAUCUACGGCGGCGGAUCGUACGAUCCCUUACCGUGGCGCCGCCGCCUUAUGAUCGCGCAUCAGACGGCACAAGGACUUGAUUACCUCCAUUCGUCCAAUACGCCGCCGAUUUACCACAGAGACGUCAAAUCGAGCAAUAUUCUCCUCGACGAGAACCUCGACGUUAAGGUCGCCGAUUUCGGAUUAUCCAGAUUGGGCGUGAGCGAUGUGAGCCACGUGACGACCUGCGCGCAAGGAACGCUGGGGUAUCUGGAUCCAGACUACUACCUCAACUUCCAGUUGACGGAUAAGAGCGACGUGUACAGCUUCGGCGUGGUGUUGUUCGAGCUAUUGACUUGUAAGAAGCCGAUCGAUUUCAACCGAGACGAAGAAGACGUGAAUCUGGUGGUGUUCGUGAGGAAGACGUUGAAGGAGGGGAGGUUGAGGGAUGUGAUAGAUCCGGUGAUCGGAAAAGAAGCGACGGAGAUGGAAAUGGAGUCUAUGAUGGCGCUUGGGUUUUUGGCGGAGCGAUGCGUGAAGGAUACGAGACAAAGUCGACCAACGAUGAAAUCUGCAGCUAAUGAGAUCGAAAGUAUUUUGCAUGGAAUUGCUUCUGAUCAUGAACCAUGA